AUGUCGAACAACGUAUCUCAGGGUCUUACUGUUGGUGCAUCUGACAAUGCCUCAGUAAAAUCCUCGCAUCAACCCCUUAACAGGCUUGCGGAAACAGGAGCGGACAGCGGAAAGACCACAGGAAAAAAAUCUUCUACUAAGAUAACUGGUGGUCCUAGGAGAUUGGGACUGCCCAUGGCCGUGCUUCAAGCUAAAGCCGAACAUCAGUUGCGUGGCUGGAAAGAUUCGCCCUGGAAACACUACAACCAUAUAUUCAACUGUGACCUCGCCGGUGACGUUUCUAUAGCUACCGUCCGUACCCAUCCGUCGGAGAUUCUCAGCGGCCUAUCCUUUCUCCACACAUGUGGGUAUCACCACCAGGCUCUCAUUUGCUCCAACAUCCUGCUGGGGAUGGAUGGCACGAUCCAGAUCGGUAAGAGCACCUCAAUGUGCGGGAAGAAAGAGCUAACCAACUUCUCAGCGGCAUUGGAUUGCUGUGUGAAGGGACCUCCGGACCAGGCCAAGUCAAUCGAUGCCGUCGCAUCAAUAGCCACAUUGCUCAUGCAAAAAUAUACCAAGUCAAACGGCGCUAAGGGAAUCGAUAAUGUAGAUCGCUGGUCUAUGGACUCCCUGGCUUUUCAAUUCCUCCUAAAGACGGAUACAGCUGAAUCUGUCGAUGAAUUGAAAGAUUAUAUACUCAAGACCGCAAAAUUCUCAAAAGAUUAUUUGGCGGGAUUGGCUCGAUUUGCACUGGUUUCUGCACGCACUUUCUACUCUAUUAGUUCCCAUUGA